AUGGAAUCAUAAUAAUAAAUGUCUGAUUUAUAUAAAAUUAAUAAAAAAAUAUCACAAGGUGCAUUUGGAACAGUUUAUGAGGGUAUUAAUUUAAAAACAGGAGAAAUAAUAGCUAUAAAACAAUUGUUUUGUAAUAAAAAAGUAUUACGAGAAGUUCAUCUACAUGAAAAGAUGAAUCAUAAAAAUGUUAUUAAAGUGUAUUAAUAUCAAGUUCUUGAUUAAGAAUGUUCUAUAUAUAUGGAAUAUUGUUAAUAUGAUUUACAUUAAUUCAUAUAAAGUACUCUCUAUCCAUUAGAUGGAGAAAUCAUAAGAAAUAUUGCAUAUCAAAUUCUAUGUGGUAUAGAACAUAUUCAUUCGCGAUAAGUUGUUCAUAGAGAUCUUAAACCAUCUAAUAUAAUGCUUCAUGAUGGAAUCAUUAAGAUUGGUGAUUUUGGAUCUGCUGAACAUUUAAGUAAAUUAGAUUAAAAUGGAUAAUAUUCAACUGAAGGAUUUUCUAAAUGGUAUAUGGCACCAGAAAUGUUAUUUGGAAAAAGAGAUUAUGGAACUGAAGUUGAUAUAUGGUCUUUUGGUUGUAUNUAAUAAUAAUAGCUAUUAUAAUUGCUUUAAUAGUAAUUGGCAUAACGAGUAGGUCCAGGAUUAUCUUUAACUGAUAUAUUAAAUAGUGAAUUCUUAAAUCAAAUAGGAAAUGAUUAAGAAUAUUUCUAAGUUUUAAAAGAGUAAAAUAUUUUAUAUAUAAAUGAGUCAUUUACCUCCUGAUUAAUAAAACUUUGAAUAAUUUAAAGAGAAUUUAUUGAGUCCGUAAUUCAAAUAAGCUUUGGAUUAAUUAACUCAUGCUUUAAAAGGAAGAGAAAGAAGUUCUGUUAUUUAACAAUUAGAUUUAGAUUACAGAAUAUUAGAAUAAGAAUUUGAUGGAGUUGUAGCUUUUGUUAAAGCUAUUAUUCAACACAUUUAAAAUAAAAAUUGA